CUGCUGUCCUCCACACCCUCAUGUCUGGACGGCUUCUACUGCCCACCCCACGGCGAUGAGCAAUACUAAGCAGAGUAUUGCACACCGUCCGGCGAAGAAAAGCCCACCUUCCAUCGCGAAUGGCAAUCGGGCCAUUCGAGGACAGCCUACUUUAUCGGCAAGAACCUCUCCACGUCCGCGCGCAUGCUGCUGGCCUCGCUGCACUUCACCGCAUUCUACCUGCUCCUCGCGGCGCCGAUGAUCUCCUUCGCCAUGCAGCUUGCGCUGAGCUUUUUGUAUUUUUAUUGUAUCUACGGCCUCGGCUUCCUGGCCGCUGCCGUCACACGCCGCGAAGACGGCCCGCUGCUCUGUAUGCUCCUGUGCCUUAUAAUCUCUGCGCUGAGCGGGUGCGCGCCGCGCCUGGCGACCGUGCGGUCGUGGCAUCUUGCUUGGUUCUGGUAUGCGUGGCCUGCGACCUGGUUCUCCGAGGCUUUCUACCACGCGAAUACAUCCCCACUCGGCUAUCUGUACGAUAUCCAGGCUGCGGCGCGGUAUACGGGGUAUACGAGGGGGAGGACGGAAUGGACGUUGGAUUCGUCAUCCUAAUCGGAACCGCGUAUCGCGCUC